GUUUAUUAAUCGAAACAGAAACAGAAUGCACACCAACAGAAAGAAAAUUCAUUUACAGUGAAGUUAACUGCAGAAAUUAUCAUUUCAGCAAUAUAAACAGAAAUAAAGCGCUAUAUUAAUUAUUUGCAUUGAUUGUAUUGUAAAGUUGUUUAGAAAUUAUGACGAAAAUUAAAUUUACUACUGAAGACGAGGAGAAAAUAAUAGAUUUCGUCAGAAAUCACGAAAUUCUUUAUAAUAAGCGUCACAAAGAAUUCCGUGAUAGUGAGAAAAAACAACGUUUGUGGCUUGAAAUAGCAGAGCAGCUCGAUAUUAAAUCUGAGGCCGUUAAGGGAAAAUGGACCACUAUGCGAGAUUACUUUAUGCGAACUAAAGAUAAGAAAGGCAAUGGCUCGGUCGCGCCACUUACUAAACGAGACGAAUCACUUAUGUUCUUAAUGGACACUUCACUGCGAAAAAAAUCUAGCGUGAAAGCAAACGCUAGAACAUCAAAGCAGCACACUGCCAGCGCUAAGGUUCGCCACGCCGUAUUUAAUACAAAAAAGGAACGCACCCCUACUGCGCCACCCGAAGAAACGCCACGAACUGUGAGAAAACGAACUAGUGCCGUUGCUGAAAUUCAGCAAACAACACCGACCGAGUUAAUUAGCAAUAAACGUCAAAUUUUGGUGGAGCCUCCACCGCCUAAGCCGUCGAAAGCGCCGUCUACAUUACCCAAGAAUGACAGUUUACAAAUCUUUUUCGAAUCUAUUGCCAGUACUAUGCGCACAUUCCCGCCAUUGUCGAUUGCGAAAAUAAAAUUGCAAAUCUCACAGUUAGUGGGUAAUGAGGAAAUCGCUUUGGCUGAAAGAAAUGCCAAUGCUGAGGUCUUCUAUCUGACGAAAAAUCAAAUUGUUUAUGAAAAUGAGAAGGAAAGCGAAGUUGAAUAUGAUUCCAGCAAUGAAUCGGUUAAUUAAUUACUGAGAAUAUAAAUAUACCAUACAUGUGUAUGUAUAUAAUGUUUUAUUAUUUAUGAAGAGUAAGCAAAUUCAAUAUUCUGCUUCUGCGUGUAUUUUACGAAACAGAAUCUGUUACUGUUAUGACCGAAUACUAUACUGACUUGUAGCUAAGAAAAAGCCGUUAUCGUAGCAUAUCUCAUAUCAUAUUUAAAUAUAUAUAUUUUGUCAUUUAAAAUAUA